CAGCUUUACACGCAGACCUUGCAAUCACAACUUUAUAUUCGUCAUGACAAUAAAUGCUGUGUCUCUCACCUAAUAAAGGACAGAUAUGCUAUAACAGUUCCGAGAGAGUCUGCCUCUGUCAAGUUUGCUUAAAAUUGUGCUUGAAACUGUAAUGUUAAGCAGAGUUUCCUACCGUGGUUUGUUGAGGCAGGUAGGCCAAUUGUGUAGCAGAGAGUUAAGAUUGAUGGUCUUGCAUUUUAGAGCACAAAAGAAAAAUAACUUCGAAGACAACUAAAAAUAGAACGCGUUCUAGUAUUUUCGUGUGACAGGGAUUCGAAGCGGAACGGUAUUUUUUUUUUCGAGUACCUCAACAAAGAGGGAACAAAAGAAAACCUUCUCGACCCAGUUUUACCAGUUUGGUUAGCAUCAAAGAAGCGUUUCUGAAUCUGAGUAGCGAUCUAGGAGGACCUGAUUUCGGUGAGGUGUGAAAUAAUGUCGUGCUCUUAAUUGUCGUUAUCAUCACUGGAGAAACACAUGACACUAAAGCAGGGCACACAAACACGGACUGAAAAAUUGAUCUUUCUCGUUCUCUCCAGUCAUCACCUCUUUCUCACAGUUUAAGCUGCAAAUGUUAAGUGACAAACUCCCGAAAUUUGCACCUCGUUACAAACCAGACUGAAAUAAAGACAUAGGAAGGCCAUUCAAAUGAUGGUUAUUAAAUCAGAAUAGCGGUUGAGUCUAAAUCUACAGAAAGAAGAAAAAUUUAAGUUGCAGAUUGUUCUAUCUUGUUUACUGAUGUAGAUUAAGACAUGCCAACGUGAAACAGGAAUGUCCUGUUGAAAAUAAAAGAAUAAAUAGUUAAAUAAAAACAAAUAACCGAAGAAAACUUCUGUGUCAUUUGUAACCAAUAUUCUAUACGUUUCAAGACUUAUUUUAAAGUGGAAUUUAUACGCAUUUGCUGUGGGCGGCUUUUGAUAUAUUGAUAGCAGGUAAUUAAAAUGUAGAGAAGUCAGGUGACCUUUAGUGAUGUGAUGCUUAUAACAUACUUAUUGAAAAAUUGAGAGAUUUAAAGCAUCUCGAUACCUCAAUGAAACAAGGAAAGCAGGACAACAGUUUAGGUCAGAUAGCACUAUAUAUAGAUUCCAAGUGUUAAAGAAAAACGUUUCCAUGAUUUUGGAGCAGACUGUUGUCAGAUUCUGAGGUUAAUUUAAAAUCGAACGUGUUGACGUUUGUGGGUUAUUGUUACUCCACUGGACCAUGAUAAUCACUCGUCCAGUCACCGUCUAUCAAGAUUUCUCAUAGCCUUUUUCUGAGAGCGCACGUUUUGACAGCCACAGUCUGAACUAACCAUUCGAUCUCCGGUGCCCGGAACCAACAAAAAGAAAAUUAGAUGUCCGUUGUGAAGAGGGAUCGUUGCUUGACACAGUUUGCUAUUGCAUCUAGAAAUGAACAACUCUGAUAGGUGACACAUGGUGUUGGUUCAUAGGGCUGUUUAUUAAUCGUGAUAUUUUCUCGUGAUAGUUACAGUACAAAAUGCAGCGAAAUACGUAGAUACGACGUCAGAUUUCAAAUAAAAGAACUGUCGUCACUGUUACGAUAAAGAACAAUUCAAUAUCAGUAAUUAUAAUAUAAAAUAGUAGGAUCACAACUGAUUUCUCCUUUACCAGCAUUUCUUAAUCAUCAAAUGUCCUCAGGACUGAAUUUAUAACGAUAGUGAAAUUGAUUUGCGUCUUCUAGGUUUCGGAAACUUAUUGGGAAAGAGGCAGAUAAGAUAAUCAUGCAACUCGUCGAUUCUUAUCGUGAUCGAUUCCUUGGUUGCCUAGGAAUCAUCUCCAUAUGACCCAGGAAGUUCUUGAGGACAGUAUAUAGUUUUGAGCCAUUAGAAAGAUUUUAGUUUUCUGUCAAACAAACAGUAUUUUUUAUGAUCUGGAGCUUUCAUGGCAACUAACUAUAAUGAAUUCUACUCGGCCUACCAGCCGUGCCAGGUGGUUCAAAGGCGAAAGAACCAAACAACGUUUCUAGAACCAUCUUUGAAGCCUGGUAGAUCGAAAAGAGUUUAUUAAACAGCAUAAUUUAAGGCUUGGGGGUUUUGAAAAGGCCAUUAUGACCCUCAACAUUGUUCAGUUUUCUCUGUUGUCCUGUUACCCAUGCGAUUUCAUCAGCUCCCUGUUCACAAACACAAUUGUGCUGGCCCAUUUUAUAGGAACAAACGCUUAUUAGAGUUUUUAAAUUGUCAGUGACGCCGUGCGCACAAUUACAAAUGUGGAACAAGGGAUAUUAAGAAGGGUGUGAGAAGUGGGUUAUAAUAAGACGCUGAAGAAUAAAGGCGAGAAGACGUGGAUAAUUAUGAAGAGUAACGCAGACGAAUAGUGGAGCAAAAAGUCGUAAAAUACCCCGAUUUUAUAUACCUGUACGUGCUUCAAGAAUUAAAAUCUAGUUCGCUCCGUUGAUCAAGCAGAAGUCGACUUCGUUGGUUGGUUUGUUAUGUUCUACAAGUAAAUUGAGGGCAAGACAUUGAAAGGAUAUGAAGGAGUAGGGAAGGGUUUUAAUGACAAGCACCAGCCGGUCAAAUGUAGUAGCAACACGGAAAGAAAGGAAGGCGGACAAAUCACAGCUCAGGGAGAAAAACUAAAAAAAGAGACAAAUAUUUUAUCUUUCUAUUCUCCUCUGUAGCGAAUAGUUUUAUUAUUAUAAAAUACAUUUCACAACCUCUUGUUGGUAUAUUAUAAGACUGUAUCCCAGAAGAUGAACUCAGUUUCCUCGUGAUCGGCAUACAAUGAACUUGAAGUGGUUAUAAACAGUGGACUUUUAGUUAAAUCUUAGAGUGGUAUCUACAGCCAAGGAGUUGGACAUCGUUGGAUAUUUUUCGAAAAUACACAGGUUGGAUGUGGAGCAUGCACUGCAGGAGUGAAAACUUAUGAACAAUCUGACACUCACCUACUAUUAUGAUUUCAGUACUGGAGAAAGUAAUAAAUAUCAGGUUCUCACUCCUGACUGCUCUUUUUCUAUCGCACUCGAUGUGCUCUCCGACUACAUUGCAUUUCUCCCAGUCUCCUGAUCGACCACUGGCUCUGUAUCGUGCUCCAGCCCCGUAUCAAGAACCUGGGAAAGCGCGUCUCAAUUCUGUCAUUAUUACAUCAAGGCCAUUCUCAAUCGGAGAUGAACUAAACAAUACUGUGGGAUCAAAUGUUGACACCACUACAUCUGACCCACAGUGGCGUCGAGAACUCCAUGUCACAUCCUCACAUCAUCCCACCAGCCCAAGCACCACAGUCCUUCCUCGGUCGUCAGUCCAUAUUCCUCACUUCUCCAUUGAUUGCACUAAUGGAAGACAUUGUAGUGAAACAAUCAACAUAAAUACGACACCGUCUCCCACUUUCAAACCAUACUCACAAGAAGUCUUGGAAAAAUUCCUUAACGACUAUGCUGAAUCUAAAUUAAAUUCUGCUAGGCAGUCUUCAAAGAACGAAACAUCGGCAUCUUUUGUGAAAGUUGGCAGCAGUUACAAUAAAAACUUUACUGAUAACAGAAGUAAAGACUUAACUGUAGUUGAACCUUCAGUGGAACCAACCAAUCGAUUGGCAAACCUGUACCUUGAGGAUGAGGAGUAUCAGGACUCUGUAUCGGCUGAUGGUAAAUCGAAACCUCACUGGAAUCUGAUUCACGCCCAACAUCAUAAUCAUCCUUAUGACGACCGCGACGGCUGGGUCACCCUUGAAGCAGUUCCAUGGUCCUCCAGCAAAAUCUCGAAAUGGCAGUCUUCAAACACAGGCAAUAAACGUCCCCAGUGGACCAAGCCUUCAGACCACUGGGAUAAUAGGCCGUCAACACAAAAUUGGAGUCCAGAAAAGCCUUUGAAGCCAUGGGACAGACCUCAGUAUGGUGAUAGGCCAACAGAUUGGAAGUAUGAAAAACCAAUAAAACCACAAUACCUAGUCAGUAAUCGACCAACAGUUGAGAGUUGGCCACAUGAAUCUACCCACAACCCACCGUUUCACUUGGAACGACCUGUGAGUGAUUACAAUUAUAAGCCAACCCAUGGACUUCAUCAACAGUGGAUAACUUCGAAUCACCCAGAUAUUAUAACUGAAGGAACGCCUGAAAACUGGCCAAUGCCUGUAAAUCGUCCGGGAGGGGCUGGGAGUUUCAAGCCAUGGCCAUCUCAGGAAACAGAAUAUAUUCAACAUCAAGACCAAUACGAGGAUGAUUACAAAUACGAAGCACAUCGCAGACCCCCCACUCCUGUCGUGUAUCACGACGGUGGGCGUCCUCAAAAUUAUCCCGACAGCGGUGAAGGUGAAUGGGUGUUGCUAUCCAGCACGAAAGGAUAUUCACUACCUGUUCGCCAUCACUCAUACCAGAGAGCUCUUACAUUUAACACAAAACCUAUCACUUCCACCCGUUCCAUCAAACUUACAGUCCUGCCGGCUCUGAAUGGGACGGUGAAUACAACAACUUCGCACGGUGGCCUCCUGGAGGUGGAGAGCACCUUCCAGACUGUUGACGAAGCCCAGAGAUUUGACGCCUUGAAAAGAGUAGAGAAGAACGAUACUAGAGCAGUACCUGUAAGGCUCGUCUCAAGGCCAGUUCAGCAGAAAGGACCCAGCAAAGCUGUCCUGGCUGCUGUGGGCGCGGGCAUGGUUCCAGCCACCAUGGCACUUCUUGUUCCAAUGAUGCUGGGACGAAAGAAGAGAAGCACACUGGUACCUAAUAUCAACGCAACCACAACGUCACCGAUUCAGGAUUACAAACUCCUGCGGUCAAAUAACAGAAAAUUAGAUGAAAAGAGACGGAAAAUGGACAGAGGAACAGCGAAGAGGAAGAAAAUGGCGAGAAGAAUACAUAACCAAACACUUGAUGGCUGAAUUAAUAAGAGAGUUUGACUUGUGGUUUCAGUGAAUAAAUGUUUCUACACUUUAUAGUCUCACUGAGACUACAAGUCAGUGUCUCUUACAAGCAAAAUAUUCGUCAUGUGUUUGGGACGUAGGUCUGUGUAAUUCUUCAUAGUCAAUAAUGGCAUGGUUAUUUUUAAUUGAUCAGGUUCUUUAAUUGCAGUGAUCUUGUUUGUAUGUUGUUUAACAGUAUCGUUUACACAGAUAGUUUCGCCAGGUUCAUUUAUGUGCCUACCAUCAGCCAAUUGCGGCGGUAUUCUUACGACGCACUAAUGUUUUCACUGUUUAGGCGUUUGUCUUAUUUUUGAAAGAUAGUCUCAAAUUUUAGUCUUUCUAGCUGUCUACGUUAUGUUUUUCUUCUACUUGUCGUCAUUUUCCGAGUUGAUGGAGGUAGUAUGUUCCUCCGAAACGUUGGUACCCAUUUACAAGUCAACACGGCCUCAUCACCCAGAUCGCCAUGGACAUCUUCACUACCGUGAGAACUUCAAAUCACCCAAGAUUAACCAUGCUUUCGACGCACUUAUUUCGCAUCGUAUCCAUAAGAUUUCAACAUUACAAGCUGUGUAUCUCUAAAUAAUUUUCUAGUAAUUUCUUUCCUAUAGUUAGUGUUAAGAAAAGCAGAGGAUUGUGUAUUGAAGAAAAAUUCGUGUUUACGCAACAUUGCGUUCAUUUUUUAUAGACGGUGAAAUGUGUUUAUUUAAUAUUGCAUUUGAAGAAAGUUUUUGAGUUUGUUACAUUAAGUGGGUAAUUCCAGAGUAAACUAGUUGCUUGAAUGAAGUAGUACUGUACAAGGAAAUGUAAUUUUAUAGUUCAUCAAAACGACAUUAUUCUGUCCGUAUUAAACUGUUUAUUUUUCUCUGGACAAUAGAAUUGAGACUAGUUAGAUUAAGGUAAUUUAUACUCUGUAUGUGAUUAAAAUUAUUAUUUAAAGUGCGAUUUCAUCUAGAAGUCUUUAUGAAUGAAUGUUUGCUAGUUUUGUCAUGAUAAUGUAUUAAUAAACACUGUUGUAACUUAUUACAAAUUUCAAUAGGCAAAUCAUAUUUCGUGUCUCGUUAGUAGUUUCACAGGAAGUAUAAUUAUUUUCGAAUAGUAGAUGCCAAUUGUUUGUUAGUUUAUUAAAUGACGUCUUUUAAGUUACAUGUGAUAUAGCUUUAAGUGAUGUAGUGAGUGUGAAUGUUGUUAAGAAAAUUCUACCGAGAGAACCAUUCCUUGCCUGUCUUGAGGAAACAAUCCAGUAUUAGGCUGGAGGGACUAAGGAAAAUUACGAAAAUUACUAGUGGGUACUAUUGAUCUCAAAGCCGAGAUUUGAAACCGGGAUCUACAGAGUAAGCACGCUCUGGUAUAUGGUUUACAGAAGUUCUUCGCAUCUCCCAUUUUUCUUACAUUCAGUCUGUAUUCGUCAAAAUUAAAUUUAAUGUUAGAAUGACACAUUUUCUUCGUAUCACGCGAGGUAUGACGUAGAAUCGGAAGUGAACAUUUACCGUCACAUCUAAUUUGUCAGUGGACACUAGAGGGUUGAAACGUAAUGUAGAAGCUUCCUUACCUUUAAUAAAGCUGACCUUGAUGGCAAUGAUUUAAAACGCGACUGCUUUGCUGAUAAUCUUCGCAUAUGUUCACAUUCUUACCCAAAUCCGAUCUCUGAUAUUUGUUAAUCGAUAAAUGUUUCGUGUACAAGAUUUCGGCACGUUAAACAGACAGGUUUUCUUUUCGAGCUGGUGUGUAUGAGGUUAUCAGUAGAAAUGUUUCCAUAGGAAUGAAUAAUGGGUGUUACAAAUGUGGCUCCAUCUUUGAUAAAUAUAGUACCUUUAUUUAUUUUUAUUUUGUGUAAUUAUUCGAACGAUUUCUCAAUACAGCUGUCUAUUAUUAUAUCGUUACAAAUAUUAAUGUGUAUCUGUUUAGCAGGAGACUAAGUUAUGCAUAUGGUUCCAUAUUAUUGUGUCUUUAUUCUGAAAUAUAAAAGUUAUUCUGUUUUACGGAAAUGUAUUGAGUUUUCAGUCUUGUGUAUAUACUGAUAUUCAAUAUGACACUGAUUGAAUUAAUGUUUUGUUAUAUAUGUUCGUUUGUUAUAUUAAUGUUAACAUAAAAUUAUGUAUUCCAGAGAUGUAACUUUUAUUUAUUAAGUAAUAGUAGCAUAUUACAGACUAUAAUUACAUUUACUUCAAGCAAAAUAAAGUAUAAACUGUAAAGCAUUCAAAAUAUGUUUAAUAUACACAAACAUUUGAAAAUUCAGUGCAUUUAAUAACAUACAAAACCGUCUUUCUCGUCACUGAGGAAUAAUACAAUUCCAUGUUAAUAAUCAACAUGCCAGAUACAAAAACAAUGUCAAUAAAAUAAACAGGCGCU